GUUAUUGCAAACAUGACGUCGGUCCUGCGGGUGACGGCGUCGCAGCUGGCCAAAGCCAAGAAGCCAUUGUCUGACUUGAACCAAAUUCGCCAAGCUAUCAAAACCCUACAAAAGGAUGCAGCCGAGCAGCUGACACUCGAAAUGGAAUCGCAGUCGACGUUUGCCUACUUUAGCACCCAACUGGGGGCACUCAAGCAAGCAUUCGAGACGUUGUCGGACGUGUUGAUGGCCGAGGUUCUUGAACGAACCAACGAACAACUUAGCAAACGAACUGACGUUGUCAACACUACAGGUGGACAGUGUGCGAAAAGACUCGAAUCGACGACUGCAUGCGCUGGAAGUGGAGAUGGAGCGGCAACGAGAGCAGUCGACGGCAGCAUCAAGGGAGCUCGACAGCGUCAAGCGCACGUGGGACGUAUGGAAUCUCAAAGAGCGGGACUGGGCCAAAGACAAUGAGAUCCUCAAAGCUAGCCACAGCCACAACGUCGAGUGGAUGCAGGCGCUGCAGCGAGAUGUGAUGGAGACGAAGGAUCGAGUGCACGAACUCCGCCACGACCACAUGAGCCGAUCGAAAGCGAUGGCAGACGAAGCCGCGGCGCUGCGGGGGCAGUGGCAAAAGCAAGUGGAAUCCAUAACCGACCAGCUGCACGGGUUCGAAGUGUCGACCGCGUUGCACCAGCGAGACCUGAAGGCAUUUGCCCAACAGCGCCUGGACGACUUGCAUAUGAUGGAGCAGGCGCUCAGUACUGUGCAAACCCACCAGCUUCGACUUACGACCGCUUUGGAAGAAGGUUUUCAUCAUGCUCAGGCCGAAGUGUCGAGUGUGGGGCGCAGAAUAGACCAAGUGGACGGGAAAUGCACGGCGGUACAUACCCACGUGGAUGUGUUAAGGACCAAAUUGUUUGCGCUCGAGCGCGAGCACAGUCAGCGCAUGGAGAGCGUCAGUUCCAUGUUUACGGUGUUUGCGGACGCGAUGAACGUUAAACUCGUCGAAUAAAACGCGUAACGUAAAAACCCAGUAGAUGAUUGCGCGAUAUCAGAAACACUUUUCAUGACGAAACUAUUAAAUUACAUAUCAACUCUAGUGAAUAUGGUUCAUACCAA